AUGGUUAGAAACAUUGUCGUCCUGGGAGGCAACUCCCACCCGCAGAUGACGGAGAACGUCUGCAACUUCCUUGGCAUCCCGGCCUGCGACCGCAUCCUGUCCAAGUUCUCUGGCGGCGAGAGCCGCUGCGAGAUCAAGGAUUCUGUUCGCGGCAAGGACGUCUACAUUAUCCAGUCCGGCUCCGGUCACGUCAACGACAACCUCAUCGACCUCUGCAUCAUGAUCUCGGCCUGCAAAAUUGGCUCCGCCAAGCGAGUGACCGCCGUUGUCCCUCUCUUCCCCUACUCGAGACAGCCCGAUUGGCCGUAUAACAAGGCCGGCGCGCCUCUCUCAAAAUCGUCAGAGUCUGCUAAGAAGGACUACACCUUUGAGAGCGUGCCUCCCACGCCGCGGCCCGGCGGUCCCCGCAGCGCCGGCCUCUCCAACGGCGUCAAUGGCCUCACCGAAAGGCUCACAAAGAACCACGGAGCCGAGGCCAAUGGCGACGCGGCGCCGAAGCGAUCGGACACCCUCUCCAGCGUCAGCUCCGCGUCCAACACCAACGGAGUCUACCCCGACCUCACACAACGAAGCUUUACGACUCACGAUUACGAAAACCAGACCAACAUCAACGGCUUCCGACCCAAGCCUGGCUAUAAGCAAUGGGUUGCCCAGGCCGGCACUCUUGUUGCCGACCUUCUUACUUGCGCUGGCGCCGAUCACAUCAUCACCAUGGACCUCCACGACCCCCAAUACCAGGGAUUUUUCGACAUCCCCGUCGACAACCUCUACGGCAAAUUCCUCCUCCAAAACUAUAUCCAAACCCACAUCCCCGACUACCGAGAAGCCGUCAUCGUCUCCCCCGAUGCCGGCGGUGCAAAGCGAGCUACCGCCAUUGCGGACAGUCUCAACAUGGACUUUGCCCUCAUUCACAAGGAACGUCGUCCCAUCAAGUUCACAGAACACCGCAACGCCAGCAUGAUGCUGGUUGGUGACAUUGCCAAUCGCGUCUGUAUCCUGGUGGACGACCUUGCCGACACCGCCAACACCAUCACGCGCGCUGCCAAGCUGCUGAAGCGAGAGGGCGCCACCAAGGUGUAUGCCCUCAUCACCCACGGUGUCUUCAGUGGCGACUCCAUCGCCCGCGUCAACGCCUCUGCCAUCGACAAGGUCAUUGUGACCAACUCGGUCCCGCAGGAGGAGCACCGCCGUCUCUGCCCAAAGUUGGAAGUGCUCGAUAUUUCGCCAGUGUUUGCUGAGGCCAUCCGCCGCGUCCACCACGGCGAGUCCAUUAGCGCGCUCUUCCAGUAUGCCUAA